AUGAAAAUUUCGACCAAUAUAAAAUCAUCUCAAAAAUUACAGGUGCAAACAAAAGAAAGUGACAUAAUAUCCACUAGAAAGAAUAAAGACAAUAAAAUUCUUUUUUCGGCGACGACUUAA